GUCCUUGCUACUUCUCACUUUAAAAUCUUUCAGUGGAACGUGUCGUCAACCAAAGUAAGCUGUCAUUUCUGACUUAACAACUAUUAGUUAACAUUUUGGUGUAGAAGUAGUUCCCAGUGUGCUUCUCAAUAUCGCUGGUUUUCACACUGCGUCAUUUUCAUGCUCAUGAGUUUUUAUAUGUGAAAUCCUUAAAAUCCUAUGCCCAUCCUAGCCUAAAGACCUGUUUUGACCCACGAAACUCUGCGUUGGCGGCCAGUUUACGAAUUACGAUCUCCUGGAACGAUCUUUCAGUCUAAAGGGAAGACCUAAAAAUAAAAAAUCGGCUAAUUGUUUAUGUUCGCCGUAAGUGCAGUGAGUUUUCUCCUGUUUUCUCCUACGUGUACAUGUACAUGUAUAUCAAUGAGCCUAUACAUAAGUAUCUACUUAUGUAUUUUAAUAGCACUCAAAUCGCUGAAAAUUCAGCGCGAAUUUAGAUGAACGUCUCGAAGCAAAAACAAUUAUUAACUGACACGUCUAAUUCAUAACGAAAAUACAAAGGAGAUUUAUGUAUAGUUUUGUUUGUAAAUACAAUGAAGAAAACUCCUUGUUAUCCAACCUUAAUCUCUUUUGUUUGAGAGGUAUCAUAUCAAACAUUUGACAAAGUAGUUCAUCGCACUAUAAACGAACACCUCGAGUAUUUGUUAGGGCUACAGUGUAGAAGGAAUCCAACUAGUUUUUGGCUUCUUAUAUUAUUUUCUACAGUUUUAAGAGUAAUCUUUUCUUUGUGAAAGGACAUUUUUGAAAUCUCAUGGUAGUUUAACUAUAUUUCCUCUUAACAACGAAGUGCUCCCUAUUAUUUUUUAUAAGGUAAAUCGACGAACUCUUAAAUAACUGUCAUGCUACUUUCUUUAUCCUCUCAACAACUAGCUGAUACACAGACGCCAUGAAACUCAUUCCAUUUUUUGUGUGCAUUGUGGUGGUUCUUUUGUUAACUGUACCCGAAGACUCUGAAGCAGUUCCAGCUGCGUGGUUUGUGAGAAUUGCUGCGGCCCUCGGUUUGAAGCUGGCAAAGAACAGUUACUACGCUAGAUGUAACGUCCGCAACGUGCCGUCUGGAAUUAGCUGCCCUUCCGUUGCGUUCGGUGUUGGUUCAAGUAGAAAAGAGGCCCAGAAUUCAGCAAGAGCGUACGCAAAUCUAUGGGAUUCUCAGUGUGGAGCUUACCUGGGGCACUGCGACAUCAGAAAAUUCAGGAAGUAAACAAUAAAAAUAAAGGAUAACAACAGCAGAAAUAAGAAACUGAUUUAAUUAAUCUUCAGUGAAAAUGGAUUUACAAUAGGCUAUAGAAGGACAGUUUACUUGUAG